AUGAAGGCGGAGAAGAUCUUCAAGCUCGCGAAGGGUUUCAGGGGUCGGGCCAAAAACACCAUCAGGAUCGCGAGGAACCGGGUGGAGAAGGCGCUGCAGUACGCGUACAGGGAUCGAAAGGCGAAGAAGAGGGACUUUCGCGGGCUGUGGAUCCAGCAGAUCAACGCGGGUACCAGGGAGCACGGCAUCGGAUACGGCGAGUUCAUCAGCGGGCUGAAGGAUGAGAACAUCCAGCUCAACCGGAAGAUGCUCGCCGACCUGGCGCAGAACGAGCCUUACUCAUUCAAGGCUCUGGUGGAUACGGUGAAACGGAUGCGGGGAUACCCGGUGGACCCGCCGAAGACAUGA